AUGUUAACUACCCAGCCUGCGUCCCGACAUGCCAAGGUGUACGUUGAUCCCUACACGUAUGAGGAUCCCAACGAGGCUGUCCAGGAGUUUGCCCGCGACAUCGACCCGGACAGCGUCCAGAUCGAGCGAGUCAUCGGAUCCGGCGAGUUUGGCGAGGUCUACCGCGGCACGCUGCUGGCUCCCGGCGUCCGCAGCGGCAGCGUCCUCCUGCUCGCCACGCCGCCACCUGCCUCCUCCUCCUCCUCCUCCUCCUGCGCCCUGCCUCCACCGGCGUCCUGCCGCCCACUCGCCAGGUCCCCUUCGCCGCCGCAGCAGCCGCAGCCGCAGCUGUCCACAAAGCGCGGAGGCGGCGGAGGCGGUGGAGGAGGCGGCGGCGGAGGCGGCGGAGGCGGCGGAGGCGGCGGCAGCGUCGUGGCCGUGAAGACGCUGAGGGCCGGCCACACCGCCCGGCAGCUGCGCGACUUCCUGUGCGAGGCCAGCCUCAUGGGGCAGUUUCGGCACGGGAACGUCGUGCGCAUGCUGGGGGUUGUCACGAGGGGCCCCGCGGUGAUGAUCGUGACGGAGUUCAUGGAGAACGGCUCGCUCGAUGCGUACCUGCGGCGACGUGAUGGGCAACUCUCUGAGGGUGCCCUGCUGGGCAUGCUGGCGGGCGUUGCGAGCGGCAUGUGCUACCUGUCAGCCAUGGGCUACGUCCACCGCGAUCUGGCGGCACGCAACGUCCUGGUGGACGCCUGCGGGGCCUGCAAGGUGUCCGACUUUGGCCUCUCAAGGGCCGUGGACGACCAGGACGUUGACCCGGCCUACGUCAGCUCGUGGGGCGGCAAGAUCCCAAUCCGCUGGACGGCGCCCGAGGCCAUCCGGUGCCGGGCCUUCACGACGGCCAGUGACGUCUGGAGCUUUGGCGUCCUCACCUGGGAGGUCCUCUCCUACGGCGACAGGCCCUACUGGAGCAUGAGCAACCAUCAGGUGAUCGAGUCGGUGGAGAGGGGCUACCGGCUGCCACCCCCCCUCGACUGCCCCCCGGCUUUGCACACCCUGAUGCUCGACUGCUGGGAGGCCGAGAGGGCUUCGAGGCCCAGCUUCGGGCAGAUCCUGUCUCGCCUGGAGGGGCUGCAGGAGAACCCACGUGCUUUGGGGGGCGCCGCGGGUGGACGGAGAGCCUCGGGCGGUGUCCGGUCGGCCGUCUACCACAACGUUCCCGAGCUGCUGAGUUUCCCGAGCGUUGCCGAGUGGCUUGACGCCAUCGGCAUGGCCAUGCACCAGGCCAGCUUCCAGGAGGCCGGCUUCACGAGCUUCCCGCUCGUCCACCAGAUCACCCAGGAGGACCUGCUGAGGAUAGGAGUCCACCUGCCGGGACACCAGAAGAAGAUCCUCUACUCCAUCGAGGCCAUGAAGGCACAAGCAUCUCAGCCCACAGUCUCCUAACGCCACCACCACCACAACAACCAUCACAACCACCACAACCACCACAACCAACACAGGAAGGAUCCCUCCUCCAGCCUUCAGCUCCCACAGUGGCCUCCUCCACAGCUUUAAUCAUCUGCAGGACCUUCUCAGUGAUACGCAGGGCCUUUUCAAUGGCCCAUAGGACUUUCUAAAUGGUCUGUGGUAGGACGUUCUGGAGGAUCUGCAGGACAUUCUCAGUGACCUGUAGGACCUUCUUAGGGAUCUGCAGGACCUUCUCAAUGACCUGUAGGACCUUCUCAAUGACCUGUAGGACCUUCUCUACGACCUGUAAGACCUUCUCAGUGACCUGUAGGACCUUCUUAAUGACCUGUAGGACCAUCUCAAUGACCUGUAGGACCUUCUCAAUGACCUGUAGGACCUUCUUAAUGACCUGUAGGACCAUCUCAAUGACCAGUAGGACCUUCUCAAUGACCUGUAGGACCUUCUCUACGACCUGUAGUACCUUCUAAGUAUCUGUAGGACCUUCUCAGGGAUCUGCAGGACCUUCUCAAUGAUCUGCAGGACAUUCUCAAUGACCUGUAAGACCUUCUCAAUGACCUGUACGACCUUCUCAAUGAUCUGUAGGACCUUCUCAAUGACCUGUAGGACCUUCUCAGUGACCUGUAGGACCUUCUCUACGACCUGUAGGACCUUCUCAAUGACCUGUAGGACCUUCUCAAUGACCUGUAGGACCUUCUCAAUGACCUGUAAGACCUUCUCUACGACCUGUAGGACCUUCUCAAUGACCUGUAGGACCUUCUCAAUGACCUGUAGGACCUUCUCAAUGACCUGUACGACCUUCUCUACGACCUGUAGGACCUUCUCUACGACCUGUAAGACCUUCUCAAUGACCUGUAGGACCUUCCCAAUGACCUGUAGGACCUUCUCUACGACCUGUAAGACCUUCUCAAUGACCUCCAGGACCGUCUCAAUGACCUGUAGUACCUUCUCUACGACCUGUAGUACCUUCUCUACGACCUGUAGGACCUUCUCAAUAACCUCUGGGACUCUCUCCAGACACUCACACGCAAUAGCCUCUGAAACCCAUGAGACCUCAGCAACCUACAGAUCUUCAAGAUCUUCUCAGUAUUAUCCGGGACCUUCUCAUAAAUCUCAAGGACCUUCUCAAGGACGUCCAGAUCCUGUAAGGAACCCUUUAAAAAAAUCCUCCGGGACCUUCUCAACAACCUCCAGAUCCUGUAGCGGUCUUCUCAAGAACCUAUUAGAACCUUCUCAACAACUGCCAUAUUAUGUAGGAACCUUCUGAAAAAUCUCCAGGACCUUCUCAACAACUGUCAGAUUAUGUAGGAACCUUCUCAACAAUCUCCAGGACCUUCUCAACAACCGCCAGAACCUGGAGAACCAUCUCUCACCAAUCUCCUAGGACCAACUCAACAACUGUCAGAUUAUGUAGGAACCUUCUGAAAAAUCUCCAGGACCUUCUCAACAACUGUCAGAUUCUUUAGGAACCUUCUCAACAACCAUCUCCAGAGCCUGGAUAACCAUCUCUCAGCAAAUUUCCUAGGACCAACUAAACAACUGCUGGAUUAUUUUAGGAACCUUCUGAAAAAUCUCCAGGACCUUCUCAACAACCUCCAGAACCUGGAGAACCAUCUCUCACCAAUCUCCUAGGAC